AUGGCAGUUACCCAGAGUAACAGUUCAGCUGAGAUGGAAAAAGAAGAGCAGAAAGAGAAGGACGAGGUGGUGUGUGAGAAACAUCCAGAAAUUCCUUAUUGGUUCUGUGAGGACGAGCAGAGAUCUCUGUGUCCUGUCUGUGAGUUUUCUCUCCAUCAAAGUCGCAAAGUGGUUCCGAUAGAACAAGCAGUCAGUGACCUGAAGGACCAGCUGAAAUCUGAAUUAAAGUCUCUGCAGGACAAGAGGGACAAAUACAAACAAGUGGAGGAAACGUACAGUGAAAUGAGAGAACACACCAAGAAGCAGCUGUUGUCCACAGAGAGGCAGAUCAGAGCAGAGUUCAACAAGCUCCACCAGUUCCUGAAAGAGGAAGAGGAGUCCAGACUGGCAGCUCUGAGGGAGGAAGAGGAGCACAAGGGGAAGACUAUCAGCAGAGAGAUGAAGAGGAUUCAGGAGCACAUCUCCUCUCUGUCAGACAGCAUCUCUGCUGUUGAAGAAGAGCUGCACAAACACAAGGUGGCGUUCCUCAGCACUUAUAAAGACACUCAGACCAGAGCCAGAGCCCAGAGCUCACUGUCAGAUCCACAGCUGCUCUCAGGAGCACUGAUAGAUGUGGCCAAACACCUGGGAAACCUGUCCUUCAGAGUGUGGGAGAAGAUGAAGGACAAGGUUCACUUCAGUCCUGUCAUUCUGGACCCAAACACUGCAAACUCCUGGCUCUAUCUGUCUGAUGAUCUGACCAGUGUGGAAAAUGGAGACACAGAGCAGCAACUUCCUGAUAAUCCAGAGAGAAACACUAAGUAUGCAGAUGUUCUGGGCUCUGAGGGCUUCAGUUCAGGGAAACACAGCUGGGAGGUGGAGGUGGGAGAUCAUCCUCGAUGGAAUGUGGGUUUGGUGAAAGAAUCGGCCAACAAGAAUGAAGAGUCAACAUCACCAGAAAAUGGAUUCUGGUGUUUAGAGCAUGGUGAUGGAGAAUACAUGAAUGGUGCUGAUCAGACUGUCAUAGUGAAGAAGAGUCUCCAGAGGAUCAGAGUCCAGCUGGACUAUGACAGGGGGGAGGUGUCCUUCUACCACCCUGAAGACAUGACUCGCAUCUACACUCACAGAGACACUUUCACUGAAAAACUCUUCCCAUAUUUCCAUAUUGGACCGUCUGGUGAUGCCAAAACUGCUGAUAUCAAAAUCUGUCACUCUGAGAUUUCAUUGUAAUAUUCUGGGAUGUGAUCAGUUUUAUUGUGUAAUAUUUAGUCAUUUCCAGUUUGUUCAUUAAAUUUCAGAAAAUGUUCUGUC